UAUAUCCCCACUAGUAGAAAAAUGGUCAAAUUCUCCCACACAAAAGAUGUGUUUAUAUUACAAGCACAUCCUUUGGAAUGUUAAUUAUUAAUUUUUUUUUCAAAUAAUAUUAUGAGUUCUGUUGAAAAUGAAAAGCGCAUCCUUAACCUCGUUUGUUUCUCUCCCUCUCCUCCUUAUACGUUAUUUCUCAUCUUCUUCUUCCCCGAGCUCUCUCCCUACCUUGCAUCUUCUCGUUCCCUUGAAAUUCAAUGGUGGGACUUCUUGUUGCGACGGCGGAGCGGGUCGGGAACGUGGUGCUUGUGGCGCUUCACAAUCUUGCUUAGGGUUUCGUUGUUGCUUGCGGCUGCGGCUGUCACUGUCACCUCCCCUCCUUCGUUCUGAUUCGCCGGAGGAUCAUAGCUCAUACUUUGGGCUCUUCUCUUCAUCUCCAUCAUCAGGGAGAAAUAGCAGCAGCAUUCGUGAGUCUUUUUCAGCGGUGUCAGGACUAGCAACUGCAGACGUGGUAGAAAUUCCAAUACCAUUUGUUGUUGCAGAAGUUUCUAUUAAGCAUUUAGCCUCUCUCAACAAGCCUAAAAUCCCAAUACUUGUGAUGAGAUGUCUGUUUGCAAUUGCCAGUGGUCCAAUAUUUCCAGUAUUCAGUAUUAUAUUUACUAGUGCGAUUGAAAUGUUUUACAGGCCACCAGAUAUCUUGAGAAGGGAUUCUAGGUUCUGGUCCCUUAUGUUUGUUGUCAUUGGCUUAGCAGCACUGAUAUCGUAAACAUUCAGCACUAAAUAUCACUCGGUGAGUUAGGUACAGAAUAUACUCCAUAAAUAUAAUACUCCAUAUGAAGUAAAAGAAUUUUGAGUCUGAUGUUUUCAGUGUGUUCCAAUCCACAUUUCAUAUCCUGGGAUGUUAGACUAUCUAGUUUCUUUCAUUUUAUUAGGCGCUAUAUGUUGAACGUUUAAACAUUCCAGUGGUGAUUAACAGAAGCAAAAAGGGAGCCUUGUGCUUACAUCAUUAAAGAAACUGAUUGGUUUGUUUUGAAA